GGCCCCGCUGGGACGCCGCUGGAACCUCCGCUUCGGCUGCCUCGGACUCCCGGAGCUUCCCCGGCAGGCAGAGGCGCGUUCUCGGCCCCGAGGACGCCCCCGUACAGUUCAGGGUCCCACCGUCUUCGCCAGCCUGCGUCCCGGGGCGGGCGGGACCGCACAGAGGCAACGCCACUUCAUUUGUAAAGAAAACAACAAUAUAAGGAUAGACUCCAUGAUGAGUUCUCUGCAAAAAGAUAACUUUUACCAACAUAAGAUGGAAAAAUUGGAAAAUGUUCCUCAGCUAAAUCUUGAUAAAUCACCUAUUGAAAAGAACACACAGUAUUUAAGCCAGCAGCAGAAUGCAAGUAUGUGUAAGUGGCAAAAUGAAGGGAAGCAUGCAGAACAGCUUUUGGCAUGUGAGCCUCCAACAGUAUCCCUGGUACCAAAGCAGCUUAGUAAUGCUAACAUUGAGCAGUCACCCCAAGCUGAUGACCACAGUGACACAGAUAAUGAAGAAGAUAGAGACAGUCAGCAGUUUCCUACACCUGUAAAGCUUGGAAACACAAAGCAGACAGUGGGAGAUGAGCAAGCCAGAAGCUGCUGUAAGUGCAGUGGGUCUUGCCACUCCUUGAAAGACUGCACAGGGUGUCAGCAGGAGGUGGAUGUGGUACCCGAGAGUCCUUUGUCAGAUGUUGGUGCUGAGGACAUUGGAACUGGGCCAAAAACUGACAACAAAUUGAUUAGACAAGAAAGUAGUCUAGGUGAUUCUCCUCCAUUUGAGAAAGACAGCGAGCCGGAGUCACCAAUGGAUGUAGACAAUUCAAAAAACAGUUGCCAAGACUCAGAAGCUGAUGAAGAACCAAGUCCAGGCUUUGAUGAGCAAGAAGAUAGUUCCUCCCAAACAGCAAAUCAGCUUUCAAGUUGCCAAGCCAGAGAAGCCAACUGCGAUCUUAAGAAACGGCAUUUGACUAAGGGAAGGGAAGUUAGGUUACAUUUCCAGUUUGAAGGAGAGACUCAUGUUGGAACCAGUGAUUUAAAUGCCAAGCCAUCUGGAAACACUUCUAGCCUUAAUGUAGAAUGUAGAAGUUCCAAGCAGCAUGGAAAGAAGGAUUCUAAAAUCACAGAUCAUUUCAUGAGAAUUCCCAAAUCAGAGGACAGAAGAAAAGAACAAUGUGAAGUCAGACAUCAAAGAACAGAAAGGAAGAUUCCUAAAUACGUUCCCCCUCACCUUCCUCCAGACAAGAAGUGGCUGGGAACUCCUAUUGAGGAAAUGAGGAAAAUGCCUCGGUGUGGGGUCCGCUUGCCUCUCUUAAGACCAUCUGCUAACCACACAGUGACUGUUCGGGUAGACCUCCUGCGAGCAGGAGACAUCCCGAAACCUUUUCCAACACAUUAUAAAGAUUUGUGGGAUAAUAAGCAUGUUAAAAUGCCUUGUUCUGAGCAAAACCUGUACCCUGUGGAAGAUGAGAAUGGUGAGAGAACUGCAGGGAGCCGGUGGGAGCUCAUUCAGACUGCACUUCUCAACAAAUUCACACGACCCCAGAACCUGAAGGAUGCUAUUCUGAAAUACAAUGUGGCAUAUUCUAAGAAAUGGGACUUUACAGCUUUGGUUGAUUUCUGGGAUAAGGUACUUGAAGAAGCAGAGGCUCAACAUUUGUAUCAGUCCAUUUUACCUGACAUGGUGAAAAUUGCACUCUGUCUGCCAAAUGUUUGUACCCAGCCAAUACCGCUUCUGAAGCAGAAGAUGAAUCAUUCUAUCACCAUGUCACAGGAACAGAUCGCUAGUCUUUUAGCUAAUGCUUUCUUCUGCACAUUCCCCCGACGGAAUGCCAAGAUGAAAUCGGAGUAUUCUAGUUACCCAGACAUUAACUUCAAUCGGUUGUUUGAAGGACGUUCAUCAAGGAAACCAGAGAAACUGAAAACACUCUUCUGCUACUUCCGAAGAGUCACAGAGAAAAAACCUACUGGAUUAGUGACGUUUACAAGACAGAGUCUUGAAGAUUUUCCAGAAUGGGAAAGAUGUGAAAAACCCCUGACACGAUUACAUGUCACUUACGAGGGUACCAUAGAAGGUAAUGGCCGAGGCAUGCUACAGGUGGAUUUUGCAAAUCGUUUUGUUGGAGGUGGUGUAACUGGUGCAGGACUUGUACAAGAAGAAAUCCGCUUUUUAAUCAAUCCUGAGUUGAUUGUUUCACGGCUCUUCACUGAGGUGCUGGAUCACAAUGAGUGUCUUAUUAUCACAGGGUCUCAUGAUGCCCAGCUUGAACUCCGGAUGUCCCAGCCCCCACCGUUCAUGCUGAGGGAUGACUGGCAGCGACGCUGCACAGAGAUCGUUGCCAUUGAUGCUCUUCACUUCCGACGCUACCUCGAUCAGUUUGUGCCUGAGAAAAUGAAACGUGAGCUUAACAAGGCUUACUGUGGAUUUCUCCGUCCUGGAGUUCCUCCUGAGAACCUUUCUGCAGUGGCCACAGGAAACUGGGGCUGUGGUGCCUUUGGGGGUGAUGCUCGAUUAAAAGCCUUAAUACAGAUCCUGGCAGCUGCUGCUGCUGAACGUGAUGUGGUUUAUUUCACCUUUGGGGAUGCAGAAUUGAUGAGAGACAUUUACAACAUGCACACUUUCCUUACUGAGAGGAAACUGAAUGUUGGAAAGGUGUAUAAGUUGUUACUACGAUACUACAAUGAAGAAUGCAGAAACUGUUCCACUCCUGGACCAGACAUGAAGCUUUAUUCUUUCAUAUACCAUGCUGUUGAGUCAAGUGCAGAGACCACUGAGCAACCAGGACAAAAGACAGGGACCUGAGGAACCAAGUAAAUAGGACCUUCCUCUCCCCUCUCAGAGACUUCCUGUGUGAACUGUGGGAUGUAAUGUAUGAACUGACUUAAGCUGGUAUAAAUGUGUAUAUAAUCCACAUUUGUAAUCAAGGAUGCACCCCUUCUCUGUAUGAGUUGUCAUUUGUACAUCUGAGCCCCUUUCGACUUACUGACAUGGGCUUAGAUGUUUUCUUCCAUUAUCUUCUCCUUCAGUCCUUAUUCUUUGACUUUUCUUUAUUUUGCCAAUCAGAUUUCUUGUGAAAUCCCAUGAAAGGUUGCACUCAGCUUUGAGGUCACUUCCUUGUCUGAUCUUCCCCAGGCUGCUUUGGUGGCUAGCAGAUGCCAUUGCACCUGGAGGGAGUUCAAACCCGGGACUCAAGUGGAGGCUGCUACAGAGUUCCUGGGAGCCUUGCGUUGUCUACAUUUUGAAUUUUGAAAAUUAAGAGUUGAUGUUUUUCUUAUGUUACUUAAUGUCAGGAUCUUAGGCUAAAUCUGUUUUUUAUUUAAGACAGACUAAUUUCCAGUUACUCUUUUGAAACAUCAUCCCUAUAGCAAUGGUUUAUUCGUCCUUUUCCCCAGCUCCAUUUUUUUUGGCACUAUUUAGAGGAAAGAAGCUGUAGAAUCAAAGUCUUCCUCAUACAGUGUAAAGAAACCAGGUUCAGGAGAGUCAUGGGUUUUUUUUGUUUGUUUUUCUUUUGCAAUUAGGAUCAAUGUUUGUUCUGUGGCACUUACGGCUUAUUGAUGUAACCAAAGGUUGGGGACUGGAAACUUCAUGCUGAUUUGUACAUAUUGAAGUUUCUCUGGCAGUAAAGCUUAGAGUUAAUACGUUUUCAUUAAUAAAUCAUUUGUCAGAAAAUCUCAUAUCACCUAUAUUUUAUUUAUCCAUAUAAACAUGUGCUUCUUAAUUGUGUCUGUGGGAGCACAUAAGAUCCAACAGCUGAGGGGGGAACAACUAGAUUCAGGCUUUAUCAGAGCUCUGUUCAGAAUGUGUUAUUCAGAUUUGUAUUUUUAAAACCACCAACGGGGUAAAUGGUAACUGAUGUUUUUGUGAGGUUAAUUUGGAAACCAAAGCCAAUCUCGCGUUAACUGGUCACAGUUUAAUGACAAAAACACUUUUCCGGAUUUCCUAAGUAGUCUUAAACUGUUGGGGUUCUGGUGUGCAGUCUGGCUGUCGGACUGGCCCAGUUGAAGUCAACCCUGUUUCUAAGAAGCUCUUGUUCCAUGCUCUAAACUCCCUUGCCAUCUCUGGUAGGAACAUGGGGCCUGGGCCAGUGUCUCGGCUCUGUCCUUUUGUGUAGAGAUUGGGAGGAUAACGGGCUUUGGCACAUGAAGGCCACCGCUCAUUGAUGAAGCUCUUUACUGCAACAACUAAGACUGUUGAUCAGAUCCCAAAUGUAGAGGAUUCUGGCCUUAUCCUCAGUGAUACUAAAUAAAAUCUCUUUCCCUUCCA